AAUUUAGCUGCAACACCUGUUUAUACUCAAAAUAAUGCCAAAUUCAGCAUUAGCUCCUUAAUAGAGGCAGCUUUCCCUUCUUUAGAGAAAUUUUACCCUAAGUUCAACAGCGGAUCAAACCGAUGCGAAACAUUUAAAACUUUCUUUGGACUUACUUAUGAGCAGAUGCAAGAGAAAAAUAUUACGGGAUUUUAUGAAUCACUCAGCAUAGAUUUAAUAACUAAAGACGGAAAUAUAAAAUACAAUUUAUCGGCUUCCAAACACCUGACCAAAUUGUUGGGCAAUGCAAAACAAAUUAUCGUUCUUAUACACGGAUUUUUAGAAAGUUCUGAUGGAGUGAUGGUCCAAGGAUUGGCUCCAAUGUUGCUAAAGCAAAAGGGAUUAUUAGUUUUAGCGCUUGAUGGAAGAAAAGUAAUCAAUCUGGAAUAUUUUCGUUCAUCAACAUAUGCUAGAUUUAUGGGUGAAAAGCUUGGAAUCUUUUUAGGAGAUAUUAUAAAAGCUGGCCAAGACCCGUCAAAGAUUACUCUAAUUGGUCACAGCUUAGGUGCUCACAUUGCUGGUAUUACUGGACAAAAGGUAUAUCAGACUACUAAAAAAAAGGUAGCUCGUAUCGCUGCUUUAGAUCCUGCUGGACCUUGUUUUGGAAACGCCAGUUCAGUGAAUAGAUUGAACAAAGAGGAUGCAGAGUACGUCGAUGUGAUACAUACGAAUGCAGGAAUCUUGGGACUAAUAGAACCUGUAGGCCAUAAAGAUUUUUAUGCCAAUGGUGGAAAAUCUCAACCAGGAUGCCUGCUGUCAACCUGCGACCACACUCGAGCGUGGCAGCUCUUUGCUGAAUCUCUCAACGCAACUAAUAAUUUUCCUGCUCGUAAAUGUGAAAAUUGGACAGCAUUCAAAGAGGGAUUGUGUACUAAAAAUGAAGUGGCUUUUAUGGGCAUUAACUCUAAAUCUGGCAAGCCUGGACUUUAUUUCCUUAAUACAGCGUCCUCGUCACCUUACGGAUUAGGGCCAGCUGGCAGCGGAUAAAUAAAAAAUAUUUUACACAUUUUAACAAGCUGAGAGCCCGCUUAAUGGAAAGAGAUAAUUUCCGUAUUCUUUAGAUAGGAACAGCUCUAUGGAUGUUACAUAAUUUAUGUGUUGCUAUUUUUAGUAACUAAAGAAUUUAUGCCUGUUAUUUCACGGUUAUAUCCUUUUAGAGCAGAACACAGUAAUGUGUACACAACUGCUUCAUGGCACUAACAUGUUUUUAGUACUACCACGUAGCUAAUCUACAUCCUUAUUUUAUAAAUCAUGCAAAUAUAUAAAUUAAUUAAACUAUA